CUGCCAGUUGCGUUGUCUGAGCUCUUGCAGUGAACUGUCUGUCUUACUCCUGUCUGUAGCUAAUUGCUGGGUGGUGAGCAUUUGCAGCAAUGAGGACAGAAUGCCUUCAGCGCGAGCUGGCAGACAGCAUCGUGCGGAUGGAACCUCUGGAUGAAAUACGACUGUUGCUAGCUGGAGGAGCCAAGGCAAAUGAGCCAGUUACUGCCCAGGGUCUGCGACCACUGCACUAUGCAGUGUGGCAAAGGUAUUCUGGAGCUGCUACUCUGUUACUGGUGCGAGGUGGAGAUGUCAACGCCCGGGAUGAAUGUGGUUAUUCAGCUCUGCAUUUAGCUGCCGAGCAUGGAUACACAGAACUGGUAUCAUUACUGCUGCAGCAAGGAGCUCGCGUCGACUACCGUGAGCCUACUGAUGACCCUUUCCCACGCACCACUCUCUGCGAUGAGCCUCUGCGUCUUGCCAUUCGUAACAGACAUGCAGAUGUGGCACGGAUUUUGCUAGAACAUGGAGCUGAUCCCAACAAGCGUUACUUCUUUGGUUCUGAGAUAAAUCUCGUAUCACCACUUGAUGUUGAAUUUAUGCAGCUUCUAUUGUCUUUUGGUGCUAAUCCAGACUCACGAGAUCGUGCUGGCCUAACUCCACUUAUGAAAGCUGCUCGUUUGCCACAGGGAAUGGAGUCUGUAUUGUUACUCCUGUCAUUUGGAGCUAAUGUGAAUGCAAUGACGGAUGAACGACAUGAUUAUCGUACAGUUCUCCACUAUGCUGUGCUCUCAGGAAAUGUGGCUACAGUAAAUCUUCUACUGAAACAAGGAGCUCGAGCAUCAUUUCCUCCAGAGUACCAGAAACCAACUCCUUUGGAUCUGGCCAUUCUAAGAGGUGAUCCAGAGCUUGUCCGAAUUCUCCUUGAAGCAGGAGCAGAGGUGAAUGCCAGUUCUCCCAUAAUUGGUUCCCCUCUGCAUGUUGCAUGUGCGGAAAACAUACCACACCGAGAAGAGCUUUUGCGUCUGCUGUUGACAGCAGGUGCAGAUCCUAAUUUGUUGGUUGAAAGUGAUGGUGGGUCAAGUUUAAGGCCUGUGCUGUCUGAAUAUGUUGCUUCAUCAGAGCAUGUGUCUCCUGAGAUAGUUGCACUACUGCUCAGAUAUGGGGCUAAGGUUGUGAUGAAGACACAGUUUCGAGACCCCCAUGGAAUACUGAACUCUCUACACAACCUGUCCAAAUCACCUCCAGGACUGUUCUUUCAACUAGCAUCAGCAGCAGAGAGCUUUGAUCCAUGUAUGAUAAAGCGAUCAGCAGCCCUUACAGAGGAACAAAAAGAAUUUCUCAUCAGCUUGGCCAGGAGUCCACUCCCACUUCUUAGUCAGGCACGACUGUUUCUAAGGAGGUGGCUGGGGAAAAGGCUGCCAGAGGUCGUACCGCAACUUCCACUGCCAAGUGUGCUUGUCGGCUACCUGUUGUAUGAGUGGCCUUAAUACCACAAAUGCAACUCAGGUGGCCUCCAGGAUGUACAUUCAAGCUACUCAGCCUGUGAUCAAAAUAUGUUUUUUCUACUGUAUUUGUACUUUAGUAGCUGAUUGUUUUAUAUCCAUGAUUAUUUG